UUUUUUUUUUGUAUUCUUCCAUCUUACUGUAUUAUUAUAUUUAUAAUCAUCCAAUACCCCAUUCUGUUUUUUUUUUUUUGAUUGAUUAUAAUCAUCCACAUACAUAUAUAUACAUACGUCCUAUAAAAAACACAAUUCAUCAUGUCAUCCAUCGAAAAACCAUCAUCGACAGAAAAACGAUUUGACAUAACUAGUGUGGAGGAAGAUUAUGAAGCAUCUAUUAGAACUAAUUCUGGUCAUGGUCAAUGUUCAUCCUUCAUGGCUUACUGGAAUGUCGUUUGUGUCGUGGCUGGUACUGGUACACUUGGUUUACCUUAUGCUUUACGACAAGGUGGAUGGUUCGGUUUAUUCAUUUUAUUUCUCUCUUGGAGUAUGUCCAUUUAUACUGGGAUCAUCCUUGUAAAAUGUCUUUACGCAAAACCUGGUCAUCGAAUGUCAACGUUCAAAGAAAUAUCAACCACUUGUUUUGGCAAGGUUGGAGGAUGGGUCACUUUCUUCUUCUUGGCUUGGAUUCUUCUCGGUGCUCCUACUCUUUAUAUGGUGUUAGCUGGUCAAAAUUUAAGUCAACUAUGUCAUGGUACUGUAGCUGAACUCAAUGGUACCUAUUGGACCAUCAUCAUGUGUGUUGUCAUUGGUAUUCCUUUUGUCCUAGUCAAAUCCAUGAAGGAAGUGGCAUGGAUGAGUGCUUUUGGUUCAGUUGCUACGGUUGUUGUAGUGUUGAUUGUUUUGAUCAUGGCUUGUAUGGAUGAAAAGGCUCAAAUGGCAAAAGGUGUUGUUCAUGACGGUGUUAUCUGGCCUCAAUUCCCUGCUGCCUUGGCAACUAUCUCGUUCAGUUUCGGUGGCAAUGUAAUUUAUCCUCAUGUUGAAGCUUCCAUGGCAAGACCCAAACAAUGGCCCUGGGUAAUUGGUGCUGGUCUUUCCACUUGUGCCUUUUUAUAUAUUUUGUGUGCUGUGCCCGGUUAUUACAUUUAUGGUCGCGACACUACAAGUCCCAUCUACAACAAUCUUCCUGCCGGUGUUGGUCAAACAAUCGCCAUCGUUCUUAUCACCCUUCACGUCUUGAUGGCCGCACCUCUUCUCACCACAUCCUUGUCACUCGAUUUGGAAGAUAUGUUCAACAUCACUGUCGAACGUUUUGGAAAAUGGAAAGAAUUCUUCAUCCGUGCUUGUCUUCGUAUUGCCAUCAUUGUGAUCGUCGCCAUCAUUGCCUGCUUUGUACCUUACUUUUCCUUGUUGAUGGGUUUGAUUGGUUCCUUCUCUAAUUGUGUACUCAUCUUUGUCUUCCCUGUCCUCUAUUACUUCAAAUUGACUGGUUUCCGAAACAAGCCCAUCUACGAAAUUGCCUGGUGUUUCUUGACUAUUGUUCUCGGUAUUGUAGGUUUGAUUUUUGGUACGCGUGAUGCUAUCCUUGGUUUGAUAGACGCCACUCAACACAAAUAGAUACUCCUUUCUUUAUUAUGAUCCCUUUCCUUACUGUGAUCUCUCUCUUUUAGUGGAUGCUAUUAUUAUUAUUAUUAUUAUUAUUAUUAUUAUU